AUCUAAGUCACCACGGUGUUUUAAAAAUGUGCGAACUUUCCCGUGCAACUACAAAGCACAGAAUAGAGCCUGGAUGACUGGGUGUUUGUUUACUGAAUGGGUGCAACAGUUGGACCGAAAAUUCGGUAAAGGAAAGAGGAAAGUCCUUCUGUUUGUGGACAACUGUCCCGCUCAUCCCAAAGGAAUCCCCCUCAAAAACAUCAAGCUCGAGUAUUUCCCCCCCAACUCUACCAGCAAGCUUCAGCCAUUAGAUCAAGGAGUCAUUAAAGUUUUGAAGCAGAAAUACCGUAAAAAGCUGGUACAGCGUUACUUACGUGAAAUUGAAUCAGGAGAGGACUCUUCCUGUAAAAUAAAUGUGUUGGAUGCUAUCCAUUAUGUUUCGGCUGCGUGGGAUGAGAUCGCGCCAGAUGUGAUAAGAAAUUGCUUUCGAAAAGCGCAUUUUGAGAGCAAAUCUAAUGAAAAUGACCUGAAUGUUGCGGAUUUUCUGGACAUCGAAUUUGAGGAACAGUAUCCUGGAUAUUGUUCAGUUGAUGAUGAUUUGCCUAUCACGGAAACUCUAGAAAUUCAGGAUAUGAUUGACAUGGCGAAAGAUGGAGAAUUCGAGGUUGAUAAUGAGGAAGAGGAAGAAGAUGAACCUCCCCAACUUCCCUCUUUUAUUAGCGCCUGCGAUUCCGUAAGCGUUUUGCGGCAGGCGCUCUCUUCUACCGAAAACUCGGAAGCGAUGCUGAGAGAACUUAACAGGAUUGAAAGUUUUAUAAUAAGAAAUUUUAGGAAACCAACUUCUUAUGAUGGAGGAAAGCAACUCCUUAUGGAGAAUUUUCUUACAAAAAAAUAAUAGCAUAGAUGUAACUAAGAUG